UUGCCAUUAUUACACCAAUAUUACGCCCUUCAUCACUAGUUUAGAUUGAGAUCUCAAACCACAGCCAACACAAUAUCACACUCAAGACCUCUCUCUCUCUCUCUCUCUCUCUCUCAUAACGCAGACACAACAUGCACUCUCGUUUCGUUCCUUCUCCCAGCCUCGGAUGGAGAGAGAGAGAGAGACUGGUUGUAUGCGGGCGUCAGACGUUUUGGUCACGGGAAAGAAUUACAGCUGAAAUUGGAAACCAGUUCAAGAGCUUCUAAUUAUAGUAAUAAAAUCUGAGGAGACCCCCUCUCUUGGUUAACUAAGACUUCUGGCUUUUUAUUAGUCGGUUGAAGUUUGCAGCUUUUCCAGCUAUAUCUCUGAAUCAGUGAGGUUGUAAUAGAGUACUCCUUCUUGAGUACUGGUUAUUUCGCCUAAACAUCGAGGCAGAUGGAUGGUAUGGUUGUGACUUCAAUGGAAGAAAGUCUACGAGGCUCGAAUUUAGGGGAUGCAUUGAGUAAUGUCGUUGAGCUGAUGAACUAUGAGUCAUGUGAUGGAUGGCACAACAGCCCGGGUGAUUUGUCGAAUCAAAUGUUUCCCUGUCUUGCCAUGCCGUCUGCUUCCCCCACAAACUCCGGACCCUUAGACAGACUCAUCUUCAUGGAACAAUAUAUUUCAAGAAAUUUUGUAAAGGAUUCCGAUGUUACAGGAGGUUUGUUGCCUGGUGGAGAUAGAAUGAUGUUUCAGCAAAUGGAAAGACAGUUCCCUUUUCUAAUGGAUUCUACAGAUGAUACGAUUGAAGUUAUGGAGAUGGGAGAUAUUAGCUCAAGAAAGCUUAAUGCAACGGCUAAUAUAGGAAAUGGUGUGAUCCCAAGGCCUCUAAGACCAUCACUGAAUGAGAAAAUGCUUAGAGCUCUACAUCUUUUUAAAGAGUGGUCAGGAGGAGGUAUUUUGGCCCAGGUGUGGGCUCCAAUGAAGAAUGGUGGCAAUUACAUCUUGACCACUUGUGAACAACCUUGUUUACAUGACCAGAAACUUUCUGGGUAUCGUGAAGUGUCUAGAUUAUUUACCUUUGCUGCAGAACCUAGUCCAGGUUCUUUUCCCGGGCUUCCAGGACGUGUGUUUACCUCCAAAAUUCCAGAGUGGACAUCAAAUGUGAUAUACUACAAUAAAGCUGAGUACUUACGGAUACAAUAUGCUAUUGAUCAUGAAGUCCGUGGAUCUAUUGCGUUGCCUGUGUUUGAAGAUGAUUCACUUGACAGGUCAUGUUGUGCUGUUUUAGAACUUGUUACCACAAAGGAGAAACCAAAUUUUGACUUGGAGAUGGAACAUAUUUGUCGGGCAUUGCAGGCCGUGGAUUUGAGCAGCACUCAACCUCCUCGACUCCCUUCCCAGAGUCUCUCAAAGAAUCAUAAAGCGGCUUUAGCAGAGAUAACAGCUGUUUUACGUGCUAUUUGCCAUGCUCAUCGUUUGCCACUUGCGCAAACAUGGAUUCCUUGUAGUUACAAGGCAGAUUCUGGUUGUGAGACUGUACGUGUCAGAGGACAAAAUACAAGCCCGAGCGAAAAAUAUGUACUGUUCAUUGAAGAAACUGCCUGCUAUUGGGGUGACACAAAUAUGUAUGGGUUUGUGCAUGCAUGUUCGAAGCAUUAUCUUGAGGAAGGACAAGGUGUAGUGGGAAAAUCUUUUCAAUCAAAUCAGCCCUUCUUCUACCCUGACGUAAAGGAAUACCAUAUAACUGAAUAUCCACUCGUUCAUCAUGCUCGGAGAUUUGGACUAAAUGCCGCUGUCGCAAUUAGGCUAAGAAGUACUUACACGGGCGAUGAUGACUACAUAUUGGAGUUCUUUCUUCCCGUAAACAUGAAAGGGAGAAUAGAACAACAGCUCUUACUUAAUAACCUCUCGAAUACCAUGCAGAAGCUUUGCACGAGUUUGAGAAAAGUGUCGGAUGCAGAAUUGCUCGGGACAAACAAUUGUAAGGUCAGGUUACCUGAUGGUGCAACAAAAGAUGGGUCAACUUUUGCAUCAUUCAUGAAGAGUUCUGAACCGUCUCUCAUAAUUGAUAAUCUUAAAUCCGUUGGUAGAGCACCUGAACACAUAUCUGUAUCAAAGACUAAAGAAAUAAAAGACGAUGGUCCUCCUGAACAGACAAUGGUUCGAUUAAAGAGACAGGUGGAGAAGAAGAGAAGCACGUCUGAGAAACACUUUAGCUUAAGUGUUCUUCAGCAAUAUUUUUCUGGCAGCCUUAAGGAUGCUGCAAAAAGCCUUGGCGUCUGCCCAACUACUCUCAAGAGGAUAUGCCGACAACACGGGAUCUCUAGAUGGCCUUCCCGCAAGAUAAAUAAGGUGCAUCGUUCAUUGAAGAAAAUACAAAGUGUGCUUGAAUCUGUUCAUGGUGUAGAAAGAGGACUCAAGUUUGAUCCUAACACAGGAGGGCUUAUAACUGCUGGCUCGUACCUCCAAGAAUUUGACACGAGUAAAAGUUUUCUCUUGACCAAUACAGGUAGUCUUUCCAAACAACCACAUUCGAUUAUCCAAAAUACAAUAUCAACAUCCUCAACAUCUUGCUUUAGCUCUGAAGCAACUGAUGUGAAAAUCAAAGAAGAAUACGGACAACAUGUUCGUUGUUCUUUGAACGAGAAAUGUAAACCCAAAGAUAAUCUCGUGGAAACUUUUGACAAUUCCAGAUUGGCUGCAUUAGAUACAGGACCAUCAUGGCCAGCCAGUCUAAAUACUGUGCCUUGGACGACUUCAUCGAUGGGUCCGGUAGAAUUUUUCCUUUCGAAAGAACAUAACGGUUGGGAAGUAUGUGGUGGCAAUAUCGGUGCAGAGGGUUAUGAAUCUCGUCUCAUUUCUGGAUGCUCAAGUGCCAUUUUUGCUACCAAUGAGAUUGAUACGAGGUUGAAAGGAAGCACGAUAGUUGAUGGGGACGACGUAGUCGUUGAACAUAGCCAUCCAACGUCAGUCAUGACAGACUCGUCCAAUUCAUGCAGCACAAGAAGUUGCGAUGAAAAGGCGCCUCCAAAGAAUGAGGUGAGCUGUGGUGAUAGUGGGACUAAAAUUACUGUAAAAGCCGUGUACAGAGAUGAUACGAUUCGGUUCAAGUUUGAGCCAUCUCGUGGGUGUUUUGAAUUGUAUGAAGAAGUGGGGAAAAGGUUCAGACUCGAGCGAGGGCAGUUUCAACUCAAGUAUCGAGACGAUGAUGAGGAAUGGGUGAUGCUGGUGAACGAUUCGGAUCUUCAUGAAUGCCUUGAAAUAUUAGAUUUUCUCGGCACUCACACCGUGAAGUUCCUUGUUCGUGAUGUGCCGAGUGCAACUGGAAGCUCAGGUAGUACCAACUACUUCUCCUCCUGAUGUUCUGCAAAUUCGAGAGCUUAGAGGAGAAGCAUGGCCUUGCUAAGCUAAUUAAUGGUGGUGAUGUCCAGUUAGUGCUCAUGCCUUCACUUGCCCUAGGUGGUGGGUGUUAGGGGAAUAGAUAGGUGCCCAAUUUGUGCUUGGAUCCCAGAAGUUUAAUGCGACCAUUAUGCUCUUUGUGGUUUGUGAUUAUAGACCAAUGGUGGUGAAUAGUUCAUUUGCCCCUUCCACAGAAACGUCGAACAUAUGUUGAAGCCACCAGGAGGACUUGUAUGCCAGUAUCCAAAAGGUGAAUGCUCCUAGGUUUGAGCUAAUCAUGUGUAAGGAGUUAAUACUGAACAAUGUGUGUGUGGGGUAUUGCGAGAUACUCUAUGCACUAUGUCUCUUUCAAGAAGCAAGGGUGUGUUGUAGGUACGUGGAUGA